UUCAAACCUGGCCUGACCCCGAGCCUGACCCUGACCCUGAACGCUGCUGCUACAUCUUAGUAAUCUGUCCGCCCUUCCCUAAACCCUAAUUCUCUUCUCCAUCCGCCCUCGCUUAAACCCCCGGCGACUUCACUUGUCGAACGCAAGGUAGAGAGACCUAACUCUCUUCCCCCUCUGCACAACUUCGCUCCUUACCGAAAUCAAGUACUCUGCACAAAGAUGCAACACGACGAGGUCAUAUGGCAAGUUAUACGGCACAAUCAUUGCAGUUUUAUGGCCAAAAUCGACACUGGCAUAUUUUGUCGGAAUCCGUAUAAUGUUACUGGUGUAUGCAAUCGGAGCUCCUGCCCCCUUGCUAACAGUAGAUACGCCACCAUACGGGAGCAUGAUGGAAUAUUUUAUUUGUAUAUGAAGACCAUUGAAAGGGCACAUAUGCCUAAUAAGUUGUGGGAAAGAGUUAAAUUGCCAAGGAAUUAUGAAAAGGCUCUUGAGACUAUUGACAAGCACAUGAUGUACUGGCCAAAGCUUCUGGUGCACAAAAUAAAGCAGAGAUUAACCAAGAUGACACAAAUGCGAAUACGAAUGAGAAAACUUGCUUUAAAGACAAGAGAAAAAAUCAUGACAGUGCCAACAAAACAAAAGAAAAGAGAAGCUCGGAGAGAGGAAAAAGCUGAAAAGGCUGCAGUAUUAGAGAAAAGUAUCGAAAACGAGCUACUUGAGCGCCUCAAAAAAGGAGUUUAUGGUGAUAUCUAUAACUAUCCCGUUGAUAAGUACAAUGAAAUCCUUGAUAAGGAGCUUGGGAAGGAAGUGAUAACUGAAGAUGAAGAGGAAGCAGAAAUUGAAUAUGUUGAAGGCUAUGAGGAUCUGGAAGAGGAGGAGGAUAUGGAAGAUUUUGGUGGUCUUGGAGUUGGUACAGGUGAUGAUGAUGAAUUGGAUGGUGAUGAAGAAGAAGAAGAAGAAGGUAGUGUCUACAUUGAACCAAAAAGAGGGAGAAAAGGUUCUGCAAGAGAGCUGAAGGAAGAUGAGCCAGAAGCCAAGUAUAGAAAAAGAGGGAAAGUUCAUGUUGAGGUUGAGCAUGAAGGUGGUGCAACUGAAAGGCGAACAGCUGUGCUUUGAAACUUUGCUUGCAUAGUGUGUUGGAUGAGGUGAGGGGAGGCGAUUUCAUAUCACUACCGACUGCUAUGUUGUAUCUGCACCAGUUAAUGCUGCCUGCGGCGCAUCAAUCCGGAGGCAAAAUGUAUUUUAGUCAGGAUGGACAAGUGGUCGAUAUACAAGACUAAAUACAUACAUAUAUAUAUAUAUAUAUAUAGAAAUAGACUUGGAGGGUUGAGUUGGUGGCUUAUUGUAUUCACUCCAAAUCAAAUCAAAGAUGCAUUUUUGGUAGGUGAUUGGAGAGUAUUGUCCCGACAUUUUUAAAAAAAAAAAUAA